GUUAAUGCUGACAGCAUCAGACAAGCAUCAGAACAACUGAAUAGCCGGUGGAUAGAGUUCUGCCAGUUGCUAAGUGAGAGACUUAACUGGUUAGAGUACCAGAACCGCAUCAUCACUUUCUACAAUCAGCUGCAACAAUUGGAGCAAAUGACAACCACUGCUGAAAACUGGUUGAAAACCCAACCCACCUCUACUUCAGAGUCAACAGCAAUUAAAAGCCAGCUAAAAAUCUGUAAGGAUGAAGUCAACCGGAUGUCAGCACUUCAACCCCAAAUCGAGCGAUUAAAAAUUCAAAGCAUAGCCUUGAAAGAGAAAGGACAAGGGCCAAUGUUCCUGGACGCAGACUUUGUGGCCUUUACAAAUCAUUUUAACCAAGUCUUUGCUGAAAUGCAGGCCAAAGAGAAAGAGCUACAGACAAUUUGUGACACUUUGCCACCUAUGCGCUACCAGGAGACAAUGAGUACCAUCCGGACAUGGAUCCAGCAGUCAGAAACCAAACUCUCCAUACCUCAGCUUAGUGUCACCGAAUAUGAAAUCAUGGAGCAGAGACUUGGAGAGAUGCAGGCUUUGCAAAGUUCUCUGCAAGAGCAACAAAGUGGCCUCAACUAUCUCAGCUCCACUGUGAAAGAGAUGUCAAAGAAAGCGCCUUCUGAAAUUAGCAAGAAAUAUCAAUCAGAAUUCGAAGAGAUUGAGGUACGCUGGAAGAAGCUCUCCUCACAGGUCCUAGAGCAUUGUCAAAAGCUAGAUGAACACAUGAAUAAACUUCGAAAAAUUCAGAAUCACAUAAAAACGCUGAAGAAAUGGAUGGCUGAAGUUGAUGUUUUCCUGAAGGAGGAGUGGCCUGCCCUUGGGGACUCAGAAAUUCUUAAAAAACAGCUGAAACAGUGCCGACUUUUAGUCAAUGAUAUUCAGACAAUCCAGCCAAGCUUAAACAGUGUCAAUGAAGGUGGCCAGAAGAUCAAAACUGAAGCCGAGCCUGAGUUUGCAUCUAGACUUGAGGCAGAACUCAAAGAACUCAACACCCAAUGGGAUCACAUGUGCCGACAGGUUUGUGCCAGAAAGGAAGCCUUAAAGGGAGGUUUGGAUAAAACUGUAAGCCUCCAGAAAGAUCUGUCAGAGAUGCAUGAAUGGAUGACCCAAGCUGAAGAAGAAUAUCUAGAGAGAGAUUUUGAAUAUAAAACUCCAGAUGAAUUACAGACAGCAGUUGAAGAGAUGAAGAGAGCUAAGGAAGAGGCCCAGCAGAAGGAAACAAAAGUGCAACUCCUUACUGAGACUGUGAAUAGUGUCAUAGCCCAAGCUCCACCUGCAGCACAAGAGGCCUUAAAAAAGGAACUUGACACUCUUACCACCAACUACCAGUGGCUUUGCACCAGGCUGAAUGGGAAAUGCAAGACUUUGGAAGAAGUUUGGGCAUGUUGGCAUGAGUUAUUGUCUUACUUGGAAAAGGCAACCAAAUGGCUAAAUGAAGUAGAAUUGAAACUUAAAACAACUGAAAGUAUUCCAGGUGGAACUGAGGAAAUUUCUGAGGUGCUAGAAUCUCUUGAAAAUUUGAUGCAGCAUUCAGAGGAUAACCCGAAUCAGAUUCGCAUUUUGGCACAGACCCUAACAGAUGGUGGAGUCAUGGAUGAGCUGAUCAAUGAGGAACUAGAGACAUUUAAUUCUCGUUGGAGAGAACUACAUGAAGAGGCUGUGAGGAGGCAAAAGUUGCUUGAACAGAGUAUCCAGUCUGCCCAAGAGAUUGAAAAAUCUUUACACUUAAUUCAGGAGUCCCUUGAAUCCAUUGACAAGCAGUUGGCAACUUAUAUUGCUGACAAAGUGGAUGCAGCUCAAAUGCCUCAAGAAGCACAGAAAAUCCAAUCAGAUUUGACGAGUCAUGAGAUCAGCUUAGAAGAAAUGAAGAAACAUAACCAGGGGAGGGAUGCUGCUCAAAGAGUUCUAUCUCAAAUUGAUGUUGCACAGAAAAAACUGCAAGAUGUUUCCUUGAAAUUUCGACUAUUCCAGAAACCAGCUAACUUUGAGCAGCGUCUAGAGGAAAGUAAGAGGAUUUUGGACGAAGUAAAGGUGCAGUUGCCUGCGCUGGAAACCAAGAGUAUUGAACAGGAAGUAGUACAGUCACAGUUAAAUCAUUGUGUGAAUUUGUAUAAAAGUCUGAGUGAAGUGAAGUCUGAAGUGGAAAUGGUGAUAAAAACAGGACGUCAAAUUGUACAGAAAAAGCAGACCGAAAACCCCAAAGAGCUUGAUGAGAGAGUCACAGCUCUGAAGUUACAUUAUAAUGAGCUGGGUGCAAAGGUAACAGAAAGAAAGCAACAACUGGAGAAAUGCUUAAAAUUGUCCCGUAAGAUGAGAAAGGAAAUGAAUGUCGUGACAGAAUGGCUGGCAGCUACAGAUAUGGAAUUGACAAAGAGGUCAGCAGUUGAAGGAAUGCCGAGUAAUUUGGACUCUGAAGUUGCCUGGGGAAAGGCUACUCAGAAAGAAAUUGAGAAACAGAAGGCUCACUUGAAGAGUGUCACAGAGCUAGGAGAGGCGUUGAAGACAGUGCUGGGCAAGAAGGAGACCUUGGUGGAAGAUAAACUCAGCCUUCUGAACAGCAACUGGAUAGCAGUCACAUCCCGAGCAGAAGAGUGGCUAAACCUGUUGUUGGAAUACCAGAAACACAUGGAAACCUUUGACCAGAAUGUGGAUCACAUCACAAAAUGGAUCAUUCAAGCUGAUACACUUUUGGAUGAAUCUGAGAAAAAGAAAGCCCAAUAUAAAGAAGACAUACUUAAGCGUUUAAAGGCUGAAAUGAAUGACAUACACCCCAAGGUGGACUCCACACGUGACCAAGCAGCGAACUUGAUGGCAAACCGCGGCGAGCACUGCAGGAAACUAGUAGAGCCCAAAAUCUCAGAGCUCAACCAUCGAUUUGCAGCCAUUUCUCACAGAAUUAAGACUGGAAAGGCCUCCAUUCCUUUGAAGGAAUUGGAGCAGUUUAACUCAGAUAUACAAAAAUUGCUUGAACCACUGGAGGCUGAAAUUCAGCAGGGGGUGAAUCUGAAAGAGGAAGACUUCAAUAAAGAUAUGAGUGAAGACAAUGAGGGUACUGUAAAAGAAUUGUUGCAAAGAGGAGACAACUUACAACAAAGAAUCACAGAUGAGAGAAAGCGAGAGGAAAUAAAGAUAAAACAGCAGCUGUUACAGACAAAACAUAAUGCUCUCAAGGAUUUGAGGUCUCAAAGAAGAAAAAAGGCUCUAGAAAUUUCUCAUCAGUGGUAUCAAUACAAGAGGCAGGCUGAUGAUCUCCUGAAAUGCUUGGAUGACAUUGAAAAAAAAUUAGCCAGCCUACCUGAACCCAGAGAUGAAAGGAAAAUAAAGGAAAUUGAUCGUGAAUUGCAGAAGAAGAAAGAGGAGCUGAAUGCAGUACGUAGGCAAGCUGAGGGCUUGUCUAAGGAUGGGGCCGCAAUGGCAGUGGAGCCAACUCAGAUCCAGCUCAGCAAGCGCUGGCGGGAAAUUGAGAGCAAAUUUGCUCAGUUUCGAAGACUCAACUUUGCACAAAUUCACACGCUGCAUGAAGAAAGCAUGAGAGUGAUGACUGAAGACAUGCCUUCGGAAAUUUCUUAUGUGCCUUCUACUUAUCUGACUGAGAUCACGCAUGUCUCACAAGCCCUAUCCGAAGUGGAAGAAAUUCUCAAUGCCCCUGAACUCUGCGCUAAAGAUUUUGAAGAUCUAUUUAAACAAGAGGAGUCCCUGAAGAACAUAAGAGACAAUCUGCAACAAAUCUCAGGUCGGAUUGACCUUAUUCACAAAAAGAAGAAGGCAGCAUUACAAAGUGCUACCACUGCAGAAAGGCCCAAGCUCCAGGAAGCCCUUUCACAGCUUGAAUUCCAAUGGCAAAAAGUCAACAGGAUAUACAAGGACCGACAAGGGCGAUUUGACAGAUCAGUUGAGAAAUGGCGGCGUUUUCAUUAUGACAUGAAGAUAUUUAAUCAAUGGCUAACAGAAGCUGAACAAUUUUUCAAAAAGACACAAAUUCCUGAAAAUUGGGAGCAUGCUAAAUACAAAUGGUAUCUUAAGGAACUCCAGGAUGGCAUUGGGCAGCGACAAACUGUUGUUAGAGCACUGAAUGCAACUGGGGAAGAAAUAAUUCAACAGUCCUCAAAAACAGAUGCCAAUAUUCUACAGGAAAAGUUGGGAAAUUUGAAUGUGCGGUGGCAAGAGGUCUGCAAAUUGCUGGCAGAAAGGAGAAAGCGGCAAGAAGAACAAAAGAAUAUAGUAUCAGAAUUUCAAAGAGAUUUAAAUGAAUUUGUUUUAUGGUUGGAAGAAGUGGAUAACAUUAGUACUAUUCCCCUUGAACUUGGAAAUGAGCAGCAGCUAACAGAAAAGCUUGAACAAGUCAAGUUACUGGCAGAAGAGCUGCCCCUGCGCCAGGGAAUUCUUAAACAAUUAAAUGAAACCAGAGGAACAGCACUUGUAAGUGCUCCCAUAAGCCCAGAAGAACAAGAUAAACUUGAAAAUAAACUUCAACACACAAACCUCCAGUGGAUAAAGGUUUCUAGAGCUUUACCUGAAAAACAAAGAGAACUUGAGCUUCACAUAAAAGACCUUGGGCAGCAUGAGGAGCAGCUAGAUCACCUGCUGCUGUGGCUCACUCCUAUUAGGAGUCAGCUGGAAAUUUACAGUAACCAAAAUCUAACUGGACCGUUUGACAUUAAGGAAACUGAAGUAGCAGUUGAAGCUAAACAACCGGAUGUGGAAAAGAUUUUGUCUAAAGGGCAGCAUUUGUACAAGGAAAAACCAGCCACUCAGCCAGUGAAGAGAAAGUUAGAAGACCUGAGCUCUGAGUGGGCGGCUGUCAAGCACUUACUUCGAGAGCUGAGGGCAAAGCAGCCUGACCUUCCUCCUGGACUGACUACUGUUGGAGCCUCUGCUAGUCAGACUGUUACUCUAGUGACACAACCUGUGGUUGCCAAGGAAACUACCAUCUCCAAACUAGAAAUGCCAUCUUCCUUGCUGUUGGAGAUACCUGCUCUGGCAGAUUUCAACCGGGCUUGGACAGAACUUACUGAUUGGCUUUCUCUGCUUGAUCGAGUUAUAAAAUCACAAAGGGUGAUGGUGGGUGAUCUUGAAGACAUCAACGAGAUGAUCACCAAACAGAAGGCAACUCUGCAGGAUUUGGAACAGAGGCGCCCCCAGUUGGAAGAACUCAUUACUGCUGCCCAGAAUUUGAAAAAUAAAACCAGCAAUCAAGAAGCUAGAACAGUCAUUACGGAACGAAUUGAAAGAAUUCAGAAUCAGUGGGAUGAGGUGCAAGAGCACCUUCAGAACCGGAGGCAACAGUUAAAUGACAUGUUAAAGGAUUCGACACAAUGGCUGGAGGCAAAAGAAGAAGCUGAGCAGGUCAUAGGACAGGCCAGAGCCAAGCUUGAGUCAUGGAAGGAGGAUCCUUACACGAUGGAUGCAAUCCAGAGGAAAAUUGCCGAAACCAAGCAAUUGGCCAAAGACCUCCGCCAGUGGCAGAUAAAUGUAGAUGUGGCAAAUGACUUGGCACUGAAACUUCUCCGGGAUUACUCUGCAGAUGACACAAGAAAGGUGCACAUGAUAACAGAGAACAUUAAUGCCUCCUGGGGAAACAUCCAUAAAAGAGUGAAUGAGCGAGAGGCCGCUUUGGAAGACACUCAGAGAUUACUGAAACAGUUCCCCUUGGACCUGGAGAAGUUUCUGGCCUGGCUUACAGAAGCUGAAACAACUGCCAAUGUCCUACAAGAUGCUACCCAUAAGGAGCGGCUGCUAGAAGACUCCAAGGGAGUCAGAGAGCUGAUGAAACAGUGGCAAGACCUCCAAGGAGAAAUUGAAGCCCAUACAGAUAUCUAUCACAACCUGGAUGAAAAUGGCCAAAAAAUCAUAAGAUCCCUGGAAGGUUCUGAUGAAGCGGCCCUAUUACAGAGACGUUUGGAUAACAUGAACUUCAAGUGGAGUGAACUCCGGAAAAAGUCUCUCAAUAUUAGGUCUCAUCUGGAAGCCAGUUCGGACCAGUGGAAGCGUCUGCACCUUUCUCUUCAGGAGCUUCUGGUGUGGCUCCAACUGAAAGAUGACGAGUUAAGCCGCCAGGCACCUAUCGGAGGCGAUUUUCCGGCAGUGCAGAAACAGAAUGAUGUGCACAGGGCCUUCAAGAGGGAAUUGAAAACUAAAGAACCUGUAAUCAUGAGUACUCUUGAGACUGUACGAAUAUUUCUGACAGAGCAGCCAUUGGAAGGGCUGGAGAAACUCUACCAGGAGCCCAGAGAGCUGCCUCCCGAGGAGAGAGCCCAGAAUGUCACUCGUCUGCUACGAAAGCAGGCUGAGGAGGUCAACACUGAGUGGGAGAAACUGAACCUACACUCUGCUGACUGGCAAAGAAAAAUAGAUGAGGCCUUGGAAAGGCUACAAGAACUUCAGGAAGCUACAGAUGAGCUGGACCUCAAGCUGCGCCAGGCUGAGGUGAUCAAGGGGUCCUGGCAGCCUGUGGGCGAUCUCCUCAUUGACUCUCUACAAGAUCACCUCGAGAAAGUCAAGGCACUUCGUGCAGAAAUCACACCUCUUAAAGAGAACGUGAACCAUGUCAACGACCUUGCUCGCCAGCUGACCACGUUGGGCAUUCAGCUCUCCCCAUAUAACCUCAGCACUCUGGAAGACCUCAACACCAGAUGGAAGCUUCUGCAGGUGGCUGUUGAGGACCGAGUCAGGCAGCUGCAUGAAGCCCAUAGAGACUUCGGCCCAGCUUCCCAGCAUUUCCUUUCCACUUCUGUCCAGGGUCCCUGGGAGAGAGCCAUCUCACCGAACAAAGUGCCCUACUAUAUAAACCACGAGACCCAAACAACUUGCUGGGACCAUCCCAAAAUGACAGAGCUCUACCAGUCUUUAGCUGACCUGAAUAAUGUGAGGUUCUCAGCCUAUAGAACUGCCAUGAAGCUCCGAAGACUGCAGAAAGCCCUUUGCCUGGAUCUCUUGAGCCUGUCCGCUGCAUGUGAUGCCUUGGACCAGCACAACCUCAAGCAAAAUGACCAGCCCAUGGAUAUCCUGCAGAUCAUUAAUUGCUUGACCACUAUUUAUGAUCGCCUGGAGCAAGAGCACAACAAUUUGGUCAAUGUCCCUCUCUGUGUGGAUAUGUGUCUCAACUGGCUGCUGAACGUUUAUGACACGGGACGAACUGGGAGGAUCCGUGUCCUGUCUUUUAAAACUGGCAUCAUUUCUCUGUGUAAAGCACAUUUGGAAGACAAGUACAGAUACCUUUUCAAGCAAGUGGCAAGUUCAACAGGAUUCUGUGACCAGCGCAGGCUGGGCCUCCUUCUGCAUGAUUCUAUCCAAAUCCCGAGACAGUUGGGUGAAGUCGCAUCCUUUGGAGGCAGCAACAUUGAGCCUAGUGUCAGGAGCUGCUUCCAGUUUGCUAAUAAUAAGCCUGAGAUUGAAGCGGCCCUCUUCCUGGACUGGAUGAGACUGGAACCGCAGUCCAUGGUUUGGUUGCCCGUCCUGCAUAGAGUGGCUGCUGCAGAAACCGCCAAGCACCAGGCCAAGUGUAACAUCUGCAAGGAGUGCCCAAUCAUUGGAUUCAGGUACAGGAGUCUAAAGCACUUUAAUUAUGACAUCUGCCAAAGCUGCUUCUUUUCUGGCCGUGUUGCAAAGGGACAUAAAAUGCACUAUCCCAUGGUGGAAUAUUGCACUCCGACUACAUCUGGAGAAGAUGUCCGCGACUUUGCCAAGGUACUAAAAAACAAAUUUCGAACCAAAAGGUAUUUUGCGAAGCAUCCCCGAAUGGGCUACCUGCCAGUGCAGACUGUCUUAGAGGGGGACAACAUGGAAACUCCCGUUACUCUGAUCAACUUCUGGCCAGUAGAUUCUGCGCCUGCCUCGUCCCCUCAGCUCUCACACGAUGAUACUCAUUCACGCAUUGAGCAUUAUGCUAGCAGGCUAGCAGAAAUGGAAAACAGCAAUGGAUCUUAUCUAAAUGAUAGCAUCUCUCCUAAUGAGAGCAUAGAUGAUGAACAUUUGUUAAUCCAGCAUUACUGCCAAAGUUUGAACCAGGACUCCCCCCUGAGCCAGCCUCGUAGUCCUGCCCAGAUCUUGAUUUCCUUAGAGAGUGAGGAAAGAGGGGAGCUAGAGAGAAUCCUAGCAGAUCUUGAGGAAGAAAACAGGAAUCUGCAAGCAGAAUACGAUCGUCUGAAGCAGCAGCAUGAUCACAAAGGCCUAUCCCCACUGCCGUCCCCUCCAGAAAUGAUGCCUACUUCUCCCCAGAGUCCUCGGGAUGCUGAGCUCAUUGCUGAGGCCAAGCUAUUGCGCCAACACAAAGGCCGCCUGGAAGCCAGGAUGCAAAUCCUGGAAGACCAUAAUAAACAGCUGGAGUCACAGUUACAUAGGCUAAGACAGCUGCUAGAGCAACCCCAGGCAGAGGCCAAGGUGAAUGGCACCACCGUGUCCUCUCCUUCUACUUCUCUGCAGAGGUCAGACAGCAGUCAGCCUAUGCUUCUCCGAGUGGUUGGCAGUCAAACUUCAGAAUCCAUGGGUGAGGAAGAUCUUCUCAGUCCUCCCCAAGACACAAGCACAGGGUUAGAGGAAGUGAUGGAGCAACUCAACAACUCCUUCCCUAGUUCAAGAGGACACAAUGUAGGAAGCCUUUUCCACAUGGCAGAUGAUUUGAACAGAGCAAUGGAGUCCUUAGUUUCAGUCAUGACAGAUGAAGAAGGCGCAGAAUAAAUGUUUUACAACUCCUGAUUCCCGCAUGGUUUUUAUAAUAUUCAUACAACAAAGAGGAUUAGACAGUAAGAGUUUACAAGAAAUAAAAUCUAUAUUUUUGUGAAGGGUAGUGGUACUAUACUGUAGAUUUCAGUAGUUUCUAAGUCUGUUAUUGUUUUGUUAACAAUGGCAGGUUUUACACGUCUAUGCAAUUGUACAAAAAGUUAUAAGAAAACUACAUGUAAAAUCUUGAUAGCUAAAUAACUUGCCAUUUCUUUAUAUGGAACGCAUUUUGGGUUGUUUAAAAAUUUAUAACAGUUAUAAAGAAAGAUUGUAAACUAAAGUGUGCUUUAUAAAAAAAAAGUUGUUUAU